AUGUAUCGGCUAGUGCAGCUGGCUAUUUAUGAAGAGCAUAAAGAGGUCCUCGAUAGCACAGGCAUGUUGGCAACGGUAUACUGGCUUGGCGGCCGAUGGCGGGAGGUGGAGCAACUCGACAUGCAGGUGAUGGAGACUCGCAAGACAAAGCUCAGCGAGAUUCAUCCUGACACACUAAUGAGUAUGGCUAGUCUGGCAGCAACGUAUAUGAAGCAGGGCCGGUUGGGGGACGCUGAGCAGUUACAGAUGCAGGUGAUAGAGACGAGCAGACGAAACUCAGCGACGACCAUCCUGACACACUGUUGA